AUGCAUGACAUUGACGAUUCCGUAGUGCCUGGAUCAGUUUACCUUGUCGACGUCCAGGAGAAAACGACGGUUGCGCACGCAGAAAAUAACAGUGCUAUUGUGCUCAGUCCGACGCCUUCCAAUGAUAUUAACGAUCCUCUGAACUGGAGUAGAGGCCGGAAAUUUCUGCAGAUCGUCUGCGUGAUGAUAUACACAAGUGCUAUCGGCAUCGGGACGACCGUGCUGUACUCCAUUUUGCAGCCUAUUUCCGAUGAUACAGGGAUACCUCUUGCAACGCUCAAUGCGGGCACGGGAUACAUCUUAGGCUGGGGAGCGCUGAUAAAUCAACCACUCGCUCUUACCUUUGGAAAGCGACCUAUAUAUCUGAUUUCAGUCAUUGGCAACACUGCCCUCUGUCUAUUGACGCCGUACAUUAGGACGGAAGGCCAGUGGAUCGCCAGCAAAAUUGUGCAGGGUUAUCUCUGCACUCCUGUCGAGAGUCUGUGCGAGGUCAGCAUUGCAGAUGUUUUCUUUGCGCAUGAGCGUGGAACAUAUAUUGGAAUUUACACGCUCUUUCUGUUUGGGUCGAACUACUUUGCACCACUCAUCGCUGGUUUCAUAUAUGAUGGCCAAGGAUGGCACUGGGUGAUGUACUGGGCUGCGAUCAUAAACUUCGGUUCCCUCAUAGUGUUGUUUUUCUUUAUGGAAGAGACGAACUUCGUACGCAACACAAGCGAAGCGACAGAAGCCGUACACUUCAGCACCAAACAAGGUACUGAAAAAGACGACAAGGUGUCAACUACUUCAUCUCCUGUCUCUUCUGGGGAGUUGAUAGGCAUACCUAAAUCAUAUUUGCAACGGCUCGCUUUAUUCGGUGGGCGCUACGCUUCAAACAAGCUGCUGCUCACGAUGACGUACCGUCCUAUAAUUCUGCUGCGCUUCCCUGUCAUUUUCUGGGCAGGGUUUCAGUAUGGAACAUGUCUCGUGUGGUACAAUGUCCUGAAUGCCACUUGUUCAUUAAUCCUCAGCGAACAACCCUAUAACUUUAGAGCAAGCUUUGUGGGAUUGACCUACCUCGGCCCCUUGAUUGGCAUGUUUAUUGGAACAUUCUAUAGCGGGUGGGUGGGUGAUCGGUUUGCUGUGAGAUAUGCGCGUCGAACGGGCGGUAUCCGAGAGCCAGAGCAUCGCCUUUGGCUCAUGGUUGUUUCGCUUCUUUUGUGCCCAGCUUCUCUCAUUCUCUGGGGAGUUGGUGCGUCCAAGGGCAUCAGCUGGGUCGGCCUCGUCUUUGGCAUGGGCAUCAUCUCUUGCUCGACCGGUAUUGGCUCUUCACUCUCUAUAAGCUACGCCCUGGAUUCAUACAAAGAUAUGAGUGGGGAAGUGAUGAUGGCUGUCAUCCUCGUUCGCAAUACCCUUUCAUUUGCUAUUGGAUAUGGGAUCACCCCUUGGCUUCACAUGGGUUACCAGAACACGUUUAUAUCUGCAGGCUUCGUCGGGCUUGCCAUUACGAUGACUUUCCUCAUUGUUAUCAAAUGGGGAAAGAGCUGGCGAAUAGCAAGUCGUAAAAGAUAUUGGGGAUAUGUCGCUGGUGGUACCCUUGGGCAUUAG